UACAGUUUACAAACAAAAUAAUAUUGUGGUCCUAAGUUCCCAACUAUUCAUAUAAACCCACCACCUAUGUGCACCCUUCAGAGUUACACGAGAGGUCAGCUGAUUCCCAUGAUGUGUACUCCCAGCUGAUACUGUUAAUGAUAAUAAGAGAGUAAACAGCUGAUAGCUUAGGUACAAAAGGGAUGCUACCAGCUGACAGUGUAUAAGAGAAGAGCAUCUGCUGGCACUGAGGGUAGCAGAACCUUACCUUACUGUAAUGCAUCACAAUUUAGUCUUGUUGUGCCUAGUGGGGGUGACCACCGUGCUGGGGUGGAGGCAAGGAGGCAGUGGGUUCAUGUACCCACCUAAACGACCAGAAGGUGUACAGCUUCCUCCUGACCAAUGGUACACUCAAAGCCUCAACCACUUCAACCCUUCAGAUACACGAACAUGGCAGCAGAGGUACUUUACCAAUGACUCUUUUUAUGAGCCUGGAGGACCUGUAUUUUUGAUGAUAGGAGGAGAAGGACCAGCUGAUCCAGUAUGGAUGGUGGAAGGAUCUUGGGUUACAUAUGCCCAGAGUCUUAAAGCUUACAUGCUGUUUUUGGAGCAUCGCUACUAUGGCAAGAGUCAUCCUACUGAGGAUGUAUCUGUAGAAAAUUUGGCAUACCUAAGUACUGAACAAGCUCUAGCAGAUUUGGCAGCCUUUAUUGUGGACAUGCAAGAAAGUCUUGGUUUUGAAGAUAACAAAUGGAUUGUAUUUGGUGGAUCAUACUCAGGGUCACUGGCAGCCUGGUUCCGCAUGAAGUAUCCACAUCUAGCACAUGGAGCUGUAGCUACAAGUGCUCCUAUUGUAGCUCAGGUUAAUUUCAAAGAAUACUUAGAGGUGGUUCGUGAUUCUCUUGCCACUGUGAGUGAAGACUGUAACACACAAAUCAAAGAAGCGCACCGAGAGCUCGACAUGUUAUUACUUCACCAAAUUGGUUGGCGGACCAUCACGACAGAAUUCAGACUCUGCACACCUUUGGAUGCACGGAUAGCAGAUGAUGUAUCAAAUAUGUUUUCUUUGCUGGCAGAGAAUAUUGAAGAUGUGGUACAAUAUAAUAAAGACAACCGAGCCUUUGAGGGAGUCAAGGGCACUAACAUCACCAUUGACACAAUAUGUGGCAUAAUGAUGAAUGAAGAUGAAGAGCCUAUUGACAGAUAUGCAGACGUCAACUCAAUGAUUUUGGAUGUGUAUGGGAAGCCAUGUCUAGAGCACACAUACCAUGCCAUGAUAGAGGAACUGCAAGCCACCAGUUGGGAAAACAAUGAAUCUGUUGGGGGUCGAGCGUGGAUGUAUCAAACGUGUACAGAGUAUGGGUUCUAUCAGAGUUCAGACUCGGAAAACCAACCAUUUGGAGACAAGUUUCCCAUUGAGUUCUUCAUUAAGCAGUGUGAAGAUAUCUAUGGACCAAAGUUUAACCUGAGUCUCCUAGAAGCUGGUGUUAAGAGAACAAACACAAUCUUUGGAGGACGGGACCUGAAAGUGACUAGAGUUGUUUUCCCCAAUGGCUCUAUUGAUCCCUGGCAUGCCCUUGGGAUUACUUCCGAUAUCAGCAAUGAUGCCACUGCCAUCUAUAUAAAUGGAACUGCCCACUGUGCCAAUGAGUACCCAGACUCCCCAGACGAUCCAUCUCAGUUGACAGCUGCCAGGGAGGAGGUAUACCAACUCAUUACCCAGUGGCUUAAUGAGGAAUGAAGUGCCACUCAUCUUCAAUUUUAAUUAUUGCCACUUAAUGGAUGUGGUAUAGGUUACAAAAACCUAAUGUUAACACUAAGUUUUACCUUUGCAUUUAAUACUUGCAGUUAAGUUUUUGGUAAAUGAAAAUUUAUAUUAAUGUGAAAUUGCACUUUACUAAUUGGACUGUAUUGUGUUUAAAUCUCUUCAGUAUUAUUCAUAAUAACCUGGACUAUAUUGAAUUUUAAAGUUUGUUAAGGUUUUUAAAUAAAAUAAGUUGACUUUACCUGAAUUAACUAAACUUUAUCUCUACUUAAAAUUUAUACUCGUACAGUAUUUCAGAUUUUAGCUGUCCUUCAGUACACCAGCAAAUAUCAUACAAAGUUCAGAAGUUUAAUAAACAAAUUUAUUUAUUCAAAAGACAGGUGUUUCAUUAAUCACUGUUGUACCUAUUAAGGCAUUCUGAAAUUAUGGACAACAGUUAUUAAAUUUCCAGAUUUGU